AGUGCAGUUCAAGGGGAGAAUGUAGCUGUAAUUCCUGAUGCUGACAAUGUGUUGUACUCCAGCCAAACAACUGAUUGUGUUGAUGAUGAAAUGGUGGGGAAGUUUGUAAGUGGUGUCAUUGAAGGAACUUUUAAUGCUGGAUAUCUUCUUAAUGUUAAGGUAGCAAACACUGAUGCUGUUUUAAGAGGCCUGGUGUUUGUACCAGGUCACUUUUCUCCAGUUUCUGUAGAAAACGACGUGGCUCCACAUCUCAAAAUGAUCAAAAGGAAAGAGAUUCAUAUUCCAGUUGUUAACCCACAUGCAGAGAUACAUGGCUCUUCCGUUCCCUCAUCAGUAGUAUUAUUCAACAAACAACCUUUUGAGCCAGAAUUACGGGUACCUGUGUCUGAAGAGCAAGUUCCACCAACUGAGAUUCAUUCUAGCAUCUCACAAGUACCUGAGAAUCAAUCUGCCUCUACUUUGAUACCCAUUUCCAUUUCCAGUGGAGGAAUUCCACAGGGGACAUCUGAACCUAGACAUGUGAAUCAGCCCACCUCUAUCAUGUCAGAGUUUGAUCAUGACAAAACAAUCAAACAAGGUGAAACACGUCAUGAACUCGAUGCCUCCAUACAGGUAAAAGAAUCUGAUGCGGAUGGUGGAGAAACAAAAGACUCAGAAGAAGCAUCUGAACUCAUCAACCUGGUUCCAUCAAUUGACAACACCAAUAAGGAGAUCAAAACUGGACAGCAGGUUGUUCCUUGUGUACAUCAUCUGAAUGAGGUGGUUCGUGGAGAACCAAAUAUAUCAAAUAUUGAAUUCAACCUGAUCCCUCUAUGUACUGAACCUGAAGUCUUGCCAUCUGAACAAACUAGUAAAAUUGUCAACUACUUCGAGGAGAAGCAGGAGUUGCCAAAAACUGAUAUGCUAGAAGAUACAAAGACAGAACUUGCAAUUGAGACUUUAAGUAAUGUUGACACCUUAAAUUCUAGUGGAAGACCGAAUACUGAUGUUGUUAAUAUUCCUGUUGUGGGAUCAAACCAUGCACUUGCGGCCAGCGAACCUGAAGGGAUUGGUAAAUUUGUUCCUUCUGAGUCAAAAUUUUCAUAUGAAGGACAUGAUUUGUGGGGGAGGAGUGGUCCCCAUAACCAUAGCUCUUUCGGAGACAUUAAUACAGUGGAUUUCAAUCAACCUACUGAAGCUUUAGCUAAUCCAAUGGAAUAUGAGAAACAGAUUGGAUCAGGCACUUGAAAAUUUUAGUUGGAAAAUAAAAAGAAGGUUGUCUAGCAUAGUUGGAAAUUAGGCUGGAUAAUCAAUCGGGUUGGUAGACAUGUAGAUCUAUAGUUUCUGUUUUACUUUCUGUUUCUGCUGCCACAUUUUCUAAUAAAUGAGUUUCCUUUUCAACA